GGACUUUGCGGCCGCACCCGUGGUGGUGACGUCAGAACGUAAGCAGGCCGUUGACUUUACGAUCCCGUUCAUGGAUACGAAUCUCGUGUUCGUCAGCAAGCGGCCCUUCCUCGAGUACGUGAAGCCGUGGUUGUGGCUUCUGAAGCCAUUCUCCGUCGGCGUGUGGCUGCUCUCCCUCGCCGCCUGGCUCGUCGUCUGGGUUGUCAUGAUCAUCGUGAACAAAUUCAGUCCCUACGAAUGGCACCGAAAAUAUAAGCGCGGCAUAGCUGGAAAGAGUCAAGCUACAUACUACAGCCCGGCCAACUCCUACUUCGCAAUAAGCAGCAUACUCUUCUGGCAAGGUUACGAGCACGGUCCGGCGUCAGUGUCCGGCGUCUGAUGACCAUCGGCUGGUUCAUCUUCACGGCCUGCGUCGCCGUCGCCUACAUGGCCGGACUUACGGCGAGCCUAGUGGCCGAGGAUCAGGCGGUCACGUCGAACCUGUGGUACGACGCCAGACACAUCGGUGACAAGGGCGUGGCGUUCGGCACCGCCAUGGACGGACCGGCUUACCACUUCUUUAACGACUCCUACGAACCCGUACAUCGGAGCAUGUUUGACAACAUGGAGGCCGGAAAGACGUUCGUGAACAACUUUGAUGCGGGCAUACAGCGCGUGCGCGACGCAGACGGAAACUACGUAUUUAUCUGCGAGAAAGACUCCGCCAUCGUGGUGGCCAAUAAGCGUCCCUGUGAUCUGCUGAUCGUCGACCCGGCGAUGGGUACGCGUGAGUACGCGUUCGCCGUACGGCCCGACCACGAGCGCGUGCUGAGAGACUUCAACGUCGCCUUCUCGACCUUCAAGAGCGACGGCACGAUCGACCGCAUCUACGCAAAGUGGUUCGAGAACCUGUCGGAGUGCGGCCCGCUGACGCCGCUCGUCGAAAAGCCAGAGAACAAGAAGAAGGGAGGCACAGUCCUACCGCUGGCUCUCCCGAUAUGCCUCGGGAAGUUCGCGUUCGCCUUCGCGAUCCUCGGCGCCUUCAUGAUCGUGUCGCUCAUCACUCUCGCCAUAGAGAACGUCUUCUACAGCCGCAGAGGUCGCAGCAAGGUUGUUGUAAACAAGGAAGGACACUCACUGCAGCCAGGCCCUCAUGGUGCAAGGCUGUAACUCCUACAGCUGCCGCCAGAUGGCGCCACCGACCAACGUCGCUGCGAGAUCUAAAUAAUGAUGUUACGAAGUUGUAUUCGUGGCUGUCUUCGAACUUCGUUAAAUGUCGAUGUCAUAGAAAAACAUUCAUCUCACUGAUCUCUCUAUCUUUCUUUCUCUCUCUCUCUCUCUCUCUCUCUCUCUCUCUCUCUCUCUCUCUCUCUCUC